GGCGGCGGGGAUGGGCCAUGUGGCGGCUGGGGGCGGCCUGGGCGCGGCCCGCGGCGCUGCGCGGGGCCCGGGGCCGGCGGGGCCUGGCGGCGGGAGCGGCCGCGGGCUCCUCGGCGGGCGGGCUGGUGCUGCGCUCCCGGCCCGGCCCGGGCGGCGCUGGCGGCUAUAAACAUCUGCUAAAAGAAGAUGAUAGAAAAACGGUUAUAUGUAUCGAGGGGAACAUUGCAAGUGGAAAAACAACAUGCCUGGAUUACUUUGCGCAAACUACCAGCAUUGAGGUUUUGACAGAACCAGUGACCAAGUGGAGGAAUGUUCGUGGUCAUAAUAUCCUGGGCUUAAUGUACCAAGAUGCAUCAAGAUGGGGGAUAACGUUACAGACUUACAUACAGCUUACAAUGUUGGAGCAGCAUACCAGACCAAUGAUUUCCCCCAUACGAAUGAUGGAGCGAUCAAUUCACAGUGCAAAAUACAUUUUUGUAGAAAAUUUGUAUCGAAGCGGAAAAAUGCCAGAAGUGGACUAUGUUGUCCUGACUGAAUGGUUUGACUGGAUCCAGAACAACACGGAUGUUUCGGUUGAUUUGAUAGUUUAUCUGCAGACUUCUCCUGAAGUUUGUUAUGAGAGGUUAAAGAGGAGAUGCAGAGAAGAGGAAAAGAUCAUUCCUCUGGAAUAUUUAGAAGCUAUUCAUCAGCUCUACGAGGAGUGGCUCAUUAAACAUACACUGUUUAAAGUUUCCUGCCCAGUGCUUGUUAUUGGAGCUGACCAUGACAUGCAGAAAAUGAUAGAAAAGUAUGAAGAAAACCGGGACCAAAUACUAAAUCCAUAUAAUAUGCAACACCAUUUAUAGAAGCCUGCAGUUGUAUUUAAACACACACGUUUAUGAAGUCUGAUGUGGGGGAAAUUUUGAGUAUUUUUAAUAUAUCUAUAUUUUUUUGCUUUUGAAUUAUGCUUUGUAGAAUGUUGUGAACUCACUGCUAUGAAACAUUCAGAAACAAUUCAUAAAUGGAAUAUAGGUCAAUUCCCUUUCAGGUUUUUAGGUUCUCCAUCAGCUUUACCGUGUCAUUUCUAUGCAGCUAAAAUACAAUUAUUUGUCCCAUUUCCAACCUCAAUGCUGCUUCGUAUAAGUAACCUAAGUUUCAUUUUUUUCCCUCUGGACUACCCUGUUUUUUGUAGUUUGUAAGAAAUAGUUCCAUACAAGAGGUGGGAUGUGUAUUUUUAUUAUUAUAGGAGGCAAAUUACAUGUUAAAGUAGCUUUGUUAAGUAAGGUUGAAAUAGGGAGGUCUUACUCUAAUCAUACCUAAACUAGUGCAAUAUCAUUGAAUUCAGUAAGUUUAUUCUGCUUUACGUGAAAUUGCAAUAUAUCUGUAGUUCUGAAGGUAACUAUGCCCUAGCAUAGCCCCACUGAAUUUGGUGGCAAAAAAAAAGAGUAACAACUUUAAUGAGUGAUUUCAGAAUGGCUGGGAGGCUUGUUUCUCUCUAAUGUUCGUGAAAUCACUGCCUGUAUCAUGGCUUGGUUGACAACUAGUGAAUAUACAGGGCGCACAGAACAGUAUUUGUCGUUCCUUUCAAAUGGUUAUAAAAACCCUAGAAUUAAUUUCUUGACUGUUAUGGAUUCUUCAAUUGCACUUUUUUUUAUAAAGAAAAAGAUGGUUCUUUGGGUUUAUAUCUUGAUCAGUUUAUUGUGACUUAUAGGUACUUGGACAGUAGAGAAACAUAGUGGGGGGUUCAUUCUUGCACUUGUUAGCUACGAUGUUGAAUUGCUUUUAAUUUUCUGCUUUACCCUCUUGAGUAUUGUCUUCAAGAUAAUCCUUUUGAUGCAGCAGGUCUGACUUUCUCACAUUAUUUUUUCUGUUGAAGUUGAAAGGAAUGAUUCCUGAGCUAUGGUGUAUAUAUGUGUAUUUUUUUCCCAUAAUAGUUUUGGUUGGUUUAAUUGGAGCAGGCGAGGUUAACAGUGCUUUCAAACAUGCUUACAUUAAUGAAGUUGAGCAUCUGUUAUAGCUUUGUAGUGAACACUCCUAAAAAUGGCUCAUGUCCAAGACUUCAGUUAGUGCUUUGACUCUUUGCUACUCACAUUUGUCUGUAACUUGUCGGAGGAUGUAAAUUUUCAGUUACUUGGCUUUUCCAUGUUUGACCUGAUUUUGAACAAUAUCUGAUAGUACUGCUUUUGGAGAUUACUGCUUUUAUUUAGUAGUUUUGUGGUAGCUGGUUUUGUUUUAUGCCUAAAAGUCACUGUAUGGAAGUGAGUGCGCAGUUUUCCAAGUAGGAAAUACAAUGAAUUUCUUGUUAUUUUCCUCUGGUGGGAUAUUUUUUUCCAAAUCAGUACAAGUUAAUAAUGAUCAGUGCACUGAGACAGCAUUUCCUAGUGAUGUACUGUAUUAGUAUACUAAAGCUUGUGAGCCCAAUAUUGCCAUUCUUCUGUUGUAAAGCUUUAGAAUUCUAGCUUAAGAAGAAGAUUUUGCAUGUUAAGUAAAUUCUGCUACUUAUUGAUGCAUAUUUGUAGGGGGAUAGUAGUCAUUCUUGAAACCUUCUGUUAAACUUUCAAAGCUUUUUCUUCUGUAAGAGACCAAAAGAACUGUUUAUUUGGAAAUAGUUUUACACAUUCGAAGUUCAGUCAUGUGCAGUUUAUUCUUAAUUCUAAUUUCGUUAUAGGUUGUGGAAGCCAAGGAUGUAUAUUUUGCACACAGUCUAGAAAAGAGCACUUCCGUGUUUUGUACAGAGGAUCUUACAGUACAAAGAAUCUCACUGUUGUCUUUUGGCUUUGUAUGUUUUUUGGUCAUUUUAAAAAAAUUCCUCAAUAUAUCUAAACAGUUUGGAUGUGGGUUAUUGAUAUUAAUAAUUACAAUGGACUAUAAAGAUUCAUUUAUAUAUCUUAUUAAAAAUUACAGAUGUAGUAGCUACGGGGAACAUGUUUAUUUUAUAUUUUGCUAUCUGUUAAUUUUCAUGUAUAGAUUUUUGUAUACAGGAAUUUUGGGGUAUUUAAUGAGAACUGGAAAUAAAACCAAACAGGUUGCUUGUUACGUGUCAUAAAUGUAAAAUGUUUGCAGUCGGCUUAAGAUGUGGAGAUAAAAAUACUAGUAAUCAUGAAUAACUCUUUUUUAAGCCUGGAAUUUGCUUUUGUUUCCUGAAGUCUCAGUUGGUGAGAGGAGGGAAAAAAGGGCAAUCAGGAUUAUUCUGAUAAAUAUUUUGUUCCUUUUAGGACUGUCUAAGCAGCAGUGAUUGGGUGGCAAGUUGCAAAAUACCAUAGGACACACUGUUUCUGUGGGCAAACUGAACUGCAGGAGCAGUGGAAGGGAUCACACAAACAAGCUGCCACUUCUCUUGGCUUUUCAGAUUUGGUCUGUAAGUUGGAUGUAGCCUGUAGAGUGAACCAUACAUAACUGGUUUUGCAUACAUUUUGGCUGUUCUGGAAUAAAUUGCAGGAAUAUAUGAGAUGAGUAAAAA